GAACGGGAGAACCAAAGAUGAUGAUGAUGUCGAGAUGCUUCUUCUAGCGUCCUGACUCACGGCGGCGCCGCCACAGCAAGCAAGCGAUUCCGAUCGAGAGAAGCUCCCUCCCGCCAUGAAGAUCCACCACGUACCUUGCUUGGACGACAACUACGCUUACCUUAUCAUCGACGAGAGCACCGGAGAGGCGGCGGCCGUGGACCCCGCGGAGCCGGAGAAGGUCGUGAAAGCAGCUCGGGAGCACGGCGUUGACUUGAAGCUCGUGCUCACCACUCACCAUCACUGGGACCAUGCUGGGGGGAAUGAGAAGAUCAAGCAGUUGAUACCUGGGAUUAAGGUGUAUGGCGGUUCGAUAGACAAUGUGAAGGCUUGCACUGAUAAAGUGGAAAAUGGCGAGAAGUUGUCUCUUGGGAAGGAUACCAACAUACUAUGUCUUCACACUCCUUGCCAUACCAGAGGGCAUAUAAGUUACUAUGUGACUGGGAAAGGGGACGAAGAUCCUGCUGUUUUCACAGGCGACACACUGUUCAUUGCUGGGUGUGGAAAAUUUUUCGAAGGCACAGCAGAGCAGAUGUAUCAAUCGCUCUGUGUUACACUGGGGUCAUUGCCAAAACCAACUCGAGUCUACUGCGGCCAUGAGUACACGGUGAAGAACUUGCUGUUUGCUCUCACCGUUGAACAAGAGAACGUGAAGAUAAAGCAAAAGUUAUCAUGGGCUCAGCAACAGCAGGAGAAAGGCCUCCCGACUAUUCCAUCCACCAUUGAGGAAGAAAUGGAGACCAACCCUUUCAUGCGGGUUGAUUUACCGGAGCUGCAGGAGAUCGUAGGCUGCAAGUCACCCGUCGAAUGUCUGAGGGAGAUCAGGCAGCGCAAGGACAAGUGGAGGGGUUGAUCGAUGUUGUUUGUAGGGCUUUUGUAACUGGACCGGGUUUACCCCCGGUUCAGUGUGAAGAACCACCUAGGAACCGGACCAAUCAAACUAAAUUUGGAACCAAUUUCAUAAAGCUUAAAAACCCUAGUUUUUCUCUUGGUA